AUGACCGGAGAAGGAGAGAACAAGGAAGUCGAAGCAGCUGCGCCAGCGGUCGAAGCCACCAGCGCAGCGGCUGUCGAGGCGGAGAAACCGGCGGAGACGCCCAAGGAGCCCGAGACCACUGGCGGUGAUUCCGCGCCAGCUGGGGAGGAUGCCGCGCCGGCUGGGGAGGAUGCCGGGAGUAAAAAGCGCAAAGCUGAAGGGGAGGCGGGGGAGGAAGAGGGUGAUGCCAAGGAAACCGAAGGGGUGAAGCCGAGCGAAGCAGGAGCCAGCGGGGACGGCGGCGAUGCGCAAGGGAAGAAGAAGAGCGGGCCUGUGGUGCUGGGACCGCAGACAUUCGCCACCGGGCUUCAGAUGUUCAACUUCUUUCUCGACCUUCUUCGCGGCUGGCCUGUCAACCUGGAUAUCAACCAGUACGAGCACAUGGUGCUUCUAGACCUGCUAAAGAAGGGCCACAGCGACCCCACGUCCAAGGUUGGAGCGGGCAUCCGUUCCUUCCAGAUCCGCCCGCACCCCGAGUUCCACUCGCGCUGCUUCUUCCUCGUGCGCUCCGACGGCACCGUGGACGACUUCAGCUACCGCAAGUGCGUCGAAACCCUCAUGGGCCUGCCGCAGGAGUUCACGCUCAGUGCUGCUAAGGAGUGGGACGGCAAUGGGGAAGGGCAUGGUGGAGCCGGAAUGGUCCCUGUCAUGCGCUGUUUGCGGGGAGUGGCGGCGUGGCCCGUGGUGGGAGUUCGAGUGUCCUCAGUCAUGUCGGUAGUUCGCGGGCUUGGGACGAACAGCGGAGACGAUGGUGACAGCGACUCGUUUGCUGCUGCACACACGGAUAUUAGCCGUGCUAAUGCGUGGAAGGAGUUCCAAGCUUUGCUAGUUUGCCCUCUUUCGAAUGAACCGCUGAGGUUCGACAGCACGACAUCUGAAUACAUUAGCGACUCAAUUGGUGUAGCGUAUCCUGUAAGUUAA